GAGCACAAUCAGUCACACGGAGAGGAGGAGGGAGAAGACUCCGAUUAGGGGCAGAAGCCAGACGCAGAGUUAGCCAAGGAGGAACUGAGACCUGGGGCCAUCUUUCUUUCCUAAACCUGUGAAGAGCAACCAGCGGGAGGGAGUGGACCUGAGAGAAGAGAGGAGACCACGGAGAAAAACAACAAACAGAGGCAGAAGAAAGAGAAACAGAGGUCGGCGAGCAGGAGUGCCAACGGGAUUACUGGAGCGAGAAGGAGGGGGGAGAUCCCAAAACGCCACAGAGAGAGAGAGAGAGAGAGAGAGAGGAAGCGAGCGAGGGAGUCAACAAACGAGGAGAGAUAGAGAGAGAGAGAGAGAUAACAGAGGCCUGCUCAUCACUGCGUGUGCGAGUCGGUGUGGGAGUCACCGUGCCCACGUGUGUGAGUGUGCGUGCGUGUGUGUAUGCGCGCGCGCGUGUGUGUGUGUGUGUGUGCUGUUGCGUUUAAGACUGCGAGAGCAGGUGCAAGUUUAAUGGGACAGUGAGCAAUGCCUACCAGCGCGCCAGGACAGCCGGUCGGCAGCAGGGGGCGAUGCACACCUCUGCACCUCCGCCCUCUCCUCCCCCUCCUCCUCCUCCUCCUGGCCCACACCACCAGCAGACCCGCCCAGGCUGCCAUCGACAUUCCCCCGAACUACCAAAUACCCGACUUUAAAAAGCCUCCAGAGAUCACUGCCCAGCCAGAGUCAAUCACUGCCUUCUCCUCAGACAUCAUGCUCACCUGCGAGGCUUCUGGGAAUCCCAAGCCCACUUUCCGAUGGGUGAAAGACGGAGUAGAAUUCGACCUCUCCAGUGACCCUGAUCUGAGGGUGACGCCAGGUUCCGGAACAUUCUCGGUGGCCGCAGAAGACCAGCCCAUCAGCCAGUACAGUGGCAAAUACACGUGUUUCGCCUCUAAUGAGCUUGGCACUGCCGUCUCCAACGAGGUCCAGAUCACUACGGAGAAUCCUCCCACCAUGCAGAAAGAAAAGAAGGUGAAGAUGAAGGUUGAAGCCGGAGAGAGUGUGGUCUUAGCCUGCAAUCCUCCAGCCAGUAGCAUUCCUCCAAAUAUCCACUGGAUGGACGAGAGGUUGCAUCACAUUAAGCUCAAUGAGCGUGUGGUGCAAGGCCUUGAUGGAAACCUGUACUUCGCCCACACCGAGGUGGAGGACAGCCGCAAUGACUACACCUGCAACAUGCGCUACGCCCGCAUCAUGUUCUCCAAAGAGCCCAUCUCCCUCAUUGUUAACCGCUCUAAUUCAGUGGCGCGGAACCGAAGGCCUCAGAUGCUGAGACCCACGGGCUCCAAGAGCUCGCACCACGUCCUGCGGGGUCAGACCUUGAGCCUGGAGUGUAUCGCCCAGGGCCUCCCGACCCCCAACAUCCAGUGGGUCCGGACGGACGGGGAGAUGUCAGAGUCGCGCAUCCUCAAAAAGAACAGCGGCACACUGCUGCACUUCAGCGAUGUGCAGGAGGGCGACGGGGGCCAGUACCAGUGCACGGCCAGCAACACCCAGGGCUCGGCCACUCACGUCUACACCGUCUCUGUGGAGGCGGCGCCGUACUGGAAGAAGGAGCCCCAGAGCCAGCUGUACGCCCCGGGAGAGACAGUGCGUCUGGACUGCGAGGCCGAUGGCAUCCCCCGUCCCCAAGUGGCCUGGAGCAUUAAUGGAAAUCCUCUCUCAGAGGUAGACCCGAACCCCAGGCUCAGUGUGCGCGCAGGUGGCCUCACCCUGAAGAACGUGCACUACAGCGACACGGCCGUGUUCCAGUGCAAGGCCACCAACAAGCACGGCAGCAUCGUGACCAACACCUACGUCUACGUUAUCGAGCUGCCUCCGCAGAUCCUGACUCCAAACGACGAGAGAUACCCGGUCAUCGAGGGACAGACAGCAGAGCUGGAGUGCAAGACCUUUGGAUCACCACGGCCUGAUGUUAAAUGGGAGAGCGAAUACUCCUAUACCCCGCUGUCACCCCCGCGAGUGACCCAGCUGAGUCGAGGUGCCCUCCGGAUCGCCAACGCGUCCAGCAGCGACGGCGGCCUCUACACCUGCUCCGUCCGCUCCACCAACCUCUCCGUCAGCGCCACGCUGGAAGUGUUCAACAGGACCGUGAUCAUCUCCCCGCCUCUGGAGCUGCGGGUUCAGCGGGGCAAGCCGGCCAUCUUCACCUGCAUCGCCAAGGUGGACCCCAGGCUGGACUACCAGCUGCAGUGGCGGCGGGGUCGCCAGAAGCUGUCGGGCUCGUCCAUCGAUGACAAGUACACAUUUGAGGAUCCCGACCUCAUCGUGGCAGACGUCCAGGAGGAGGAUGAAGGGGACUACACCUGCGAGAUCAUCACAAAUCUGUACACGGCAAAGGCCAGUGGUUCCAUCACCAUAGUUGACUUUCCGGACCCCCCAUCUCGGCCUCAGUUCAACAACCUGAAGGACCACAGUGUGACCCUCAGCUGGACUCCAGGAGAUGACCACAACAGCCCUGUCAUAGAGUACGUGGUGGAGGCUGAGGUGACGGGGGUGGAGACGGACGAUUGGAAGGUGUUGACGCGCGUGGCGGCCGACACACUGCGUGCCAACGUGGACAUGCGACCUUUCCUGUCCUACCGCUUCCGGGUCCUGGCCAUCAACGACGUGGGGAUGAGCAAACCAAGCCCUGCCUCAGCAGCACACUCUACCCCUGCAGCAGCGCCAGACAGCAAUCCGGCGGGUGUGCGGAGUGAGUCUGUGGACCCUGAUACGCUCGUGAUCACAUGGGAGGAGAUGGACAGGCAGAGCUUCAACGGGCCUGAGUUCCAGUACAAGGUGCUGUGGAGGCGGGUGGUGGGCGCUGGCCCCAGGUGGUCGCACAACUUCACCACGGCGCCGCCGUACGUAGUCGAGGGGGUCGGCGACUUCAUCGCCUUCGACAUCAAAGUGCAGGCGGUCAACGAGAUCGGCCCGGCUCCGGACCCCGCGCCCACAAUCGGCUACUCUGGGGAAGACGUUCCCCUGGAGCCUCCCAUGAAUGUCGCUGUGGAGGUGAUCAACAGCACGACCGUCAAGGUCACCUGGGCCGCCAUCAACAAGGACACUGUCAGAGGUCACCUGCUUGGCUACAAGAUCCACCUGCAGAAACACGGCCAGACCCGGCACCACCGCGAGGAGCCGGCCCGGCGGGGGCGUGAGCUGCCCAGGGAGGUGGUGCUGUCCACGGGCCCCAACGAGCAGAAGAAGACGCUGAGGGACCUGCAGCCGUACUCACACUACGAGUGCAGCGCCAGCGUCUUCAACAGCAAAGGAGAGGGACCAGUCUCCGAGCCCAUCACCUUCUCCACGCCAGAGGGAGUUCCCAGUCCACCAGUGUCCCUUGAGCUGGACAGCCCAUCUGAGACGGAGAUGACUCUGCACUGGCUGCCUCCUGCCCAGCCCAACGGGGUGCUGAAGGGCUACCUGCUGCAGUACCAGAGGAUUGUGGUGACGGAGGACAGCCCUAUGCAGGUCAUUUCCAUUGACGACCCCACGGUCACCAGCGAGACCCUAAGGCAGCUGGACCCCCACAGCCAUUACCGCUUCCAUGUGCGGGGGCGCACCAGUAAAGGGGAGGGUCCAGCCGUCACCAGGGAGGGGGCCACAACACUGGAUGGAGCUCCUCCAUCCAACAUAAACAUUUCUGUCGGAGAGCAUUCUGUGAACUUCAGUUGGCCCUCACGGGAGAGACACAGGAGCGUGGGCUUCCAUGUCCGCUACCUCAAUAAGAACGGCUGGGGCAAAGGGUGGAAGAGGUCGGAGAGGCUGGACUCUUCUCAGUCCUUCUACCAGCUGCAGGGCUUGCAGCCGGGCUCCCAGUAUCGACUGGAGCUCGUCUACAACAACACGCCCUACUGGGACAGCGAGAUCCAGACGGAGGGAGCAGCGGGUGUGAUGCCGGUGAAGUCGGGCUUCGCCACGGAGGGCUGGUUCAUCGGGUUGGUGAGCGCCAUCGCACUGCUCGUGCUGCUUCUGCUCAUCCUCUGCUUCAUCAAGAGGAGCAAAGGGGGGAAGUACUCAGUCAAAGAUAAAGAAGAGGGUCACAUAGACUCUGAAGCCCGACCCAUGAAGGACGAAACAUUUGGAGAGUACAGAUCCCUAGAAAGUGACAACGACGAGAAGCGCACCGCCAGCCAGCCGUCCCUGUGCGACGACAGCAAGCUGUGCAGCGACGACGGCAACCUGGACGACUACGGCAACAGCCACAGCGUGCAGACGGAGGUGAUCAUGGACGAGUCGCUGGCCAGCCAGUACAGCGGCGGCGUUAGCGGUGGUGGCGGCGUUCGCGACGGGCCCGAGACCGAGGCCCCGGACGGCUCGCCACCCCUCGCCCCGCCCGCGUACACCCCCACCAAUCACGGGCUGCCAAAUUCAUCGCCCUUCUUAGGUUAAAGGGACAGUGUGCGAAAAGUCCAGACCAAACACGACAUCCCAGUUGUCCCUGCUAUCCCAUACUGACCACUGAACUAUCCCAAUAUUGACCCAUCUGAGCGUCCAGCUGGUGGCAGACACCAGUGCAUGCGCAAACAUACCUGAUGCCAAGUUGUUAGCAGACACACUGCUAUUGAGUUUAAUGUGCUGCGACUGACUUCAGACUGUUUAGACAAAACCUAAACGUAGACCCACACUGACUCCACACCAAAACAACACUCUUAAACAGAGAAUUUACAGACUGCCGUGACACAGACAAGCAUACAGCAUACACACACACACAAAUUCAUGCAUGCACAGGUGCACCCACAUGAACACACACACUCACAAACACAAACACUAUGCAAACAAACAGAAACACACACACACACACACACACACACACACACACACACACUCAUACAUACUGUAUACAGUACACACACACACACACACACACACAACCACUUCAAAAAUGACCGUCUUGACAUGUCCUGAUGUUGACUUUGUUGUUUCUGUCUGUGUGUCCAGUGCAGGAGGUUACAGUUCUGACUGACUGACAGCCACUGACAUCUACUCCUCUCCUCCAUCUCAUUCAACCCAUUCGAAGGGACAUCUCCAUCAUGUGACAGAGCAGUUACAGUAAGCCCUAUGCUGGACGCCAUAUGCAGCGACAGGGCCUCGGCUGCGGACAGGUUUAGGAGGGUGGUUGGGGACAGUGGGACAGAGAGCCAUAGAACGUGGGCCUUAAGUAACCUGAUAAGUGCAUCAUGCAAGCAUACGGACAGCACAAAUUAUACAAUGUGAGAUUUAGCUUACUUAUGUUCGCCAGUGUAUGCUACCAUGUCAUUAUAUAAGGACUUUUAACUACAGCCGUCCGUAAUGUUGUUUUACUGACUUAUAAUUUAUUUUUUUACUCCGAAUGCAUUGUUUUAUUUUCUGAACCAUCCUUUUAGGUAGUUUACUUUAAUUUUACAAGUACCUCAAGGAACGAGAAAAAAAAAGAAAGAAUUAAAAAAAACACUACUAAAAUAAAGCUACAUAUUGUACAUAGUUAGGAUGCAAGAGAAAACUUUGACAUGAGAAUACUUUAUAGCAAGCUGUACAUAGAGUCACAUGUAUUGAUUUAAUCAUAAAGUACAGUAUUAUAGACAUAGGCGUCAUCCCUUAUCUGUUCCUGUGCCUGCUGACAUUCCCAAAUGGCUCCUGAAAAGCAAAUGCAUCUCAUCUUCUAAAUCAUUCAUGUGGUGUCAGCUACCAUACUGUCACUUCUUUUGUGUAGUCCUCUAUGUCUGUCUCUGUCUGUUUCUAUUGUAUACUGAGCUGUGUAUUAAACAAUGUGUACUGACAAAUCCUCUCUCUCAGUCCUGUUGGUGUAAAGCCAUAGAGAUACGCAUUUGAUUGUGUACCCCAGCACAAGGCAGUAUUUUGUUGAAUAGGGUUAUGAGAGGUUUAUUACACACACACACACACACACACACACACACACACACACACACACACACACACACACACUUUGAAGAUGUUACACUUUUUGAUUAGACUUAAAACACAAUCAUUUAUGUAAUGGUUAACAUGUAUGUCUAGCAUUGAGAAUGUAUGCAUUUGUGGGGCUUGGGAAGAAUCGUCUCUUUCUGAUAUACCAAAUACCACUUGUUUUUUUUCUUUUUGUUUGUUUUUUUAAUUGGUCUACUGGUGCAAAAUGAGAGGGUGGGUGGGUUUUGAAAGCAGUGCUUAUGUGGUUUAACUGUUGAUUUAUAAUAAAAUUAAUGUAAUACAAAACAAACAAAAACAUUGCUUUUAUGUGGAUUUCAAGAGGGCAAAUUGGUGAAAGUCCUCAAAUCUCUUUGAAUGUAAAUAUAACCCAAAAGAUUGUGUUAUAUAUUGAAUUGUUUUACAGCUAUUUUUUUCUUUUUUCUUUAAUUUGAAGUGUUGCUAAUAGAUUUUUAAAAUAUGCUUUCUUUUUUAUUUAACAUUGUUGAACAUGUUAAAUGUGUCAUGGCUGUUUUUCAGAAAAAAAAUAGUGAACGUAGUUUAUAAAAGUCCAGAAAAAAAGAAACCUUCUUCCACCUAUCCUCACAAUACUGUAUGUGUUGACAUUGUCAAGGGGUAAAAAAUGACACAGUGAACCACCCUUGUUUGUUUGGUUGCUUUCUAGUAGCUCAUAAGCCGCAGUAUUGUGUGUAUCUGUUGCCCGAGAUCCAGUUUCUGCUGAGGCAGAGACGCAAAGAGGGGUGCAGCAGCUUAGUCCGAACACAUCACACCCGCACACACACACUCGACAGGGAGCAUUGGCAAAGUGCUGACACACACACAAACACACACACAACACCGUUCCAACUGUGGCCAGAUGACGUCUUAGCCGUGAUCGCAAGUCCUGGGGGAUAUGAUGGGAUUGAUCCAGAUUAGACUGUGGGUGAGAGGGGUGAAGGGACACGCGAUCAGCCCAUCCUGUGUUUUCAGUGAGAGACAUGCUCAGGACAAAAUACUUCUAGACUAAUCUAUUUUCAUACGGUAAUGAGUAAUGAUGCGAAGGUAUGCCAAUAUUCUACCAGUCUGCUGCUAGAGUUCAGUGUUGUGAGUGUCUGGGCAAAAAUGUUGGGGGCUAUGCAUGAAAGACUGAGUGAAUUACAGAUAUACACUAUACUGCCUUUCUCUGUUGGCUUCCUUUGCUUUUGAGGACCUUGAUUGAUCGUCACUUCUCUUUUAGGACCUUUCUAUACUUACGACAGAAAACUACAAUUGAAAAAAAGAAGAAAAAAAAACAUAGACACUUGUGAAGAUGACUGAGCACCAGUGGCUUGAGUGGACGUAGUGUUUGCAGUGUUAUCAGAAUUUGGCUGAAGGGGAGGCCUGUGUGUGUGUGCCAGUCUGUGUGGGCAUAUCCCCUUACACUAUGUGCUGGGUUUGUCUGUACCACGGGAGGGGUGGGAGUGACUGGCAGCUGGAGAGCUG